AUGGCCCUUUUUAGAGCUCCUUCGCGACCACUCUUUACACCACAUGUCUUGCAUGGCCGACAAUUACAAAAUGUUAUCUUGAUUGCUUCUUGCUUGAUAUUAUUAUUGUUUUUCAUAUACCGCCAUGAGCAGCCUGCGCCUCCUGGAUUCCUACCAUAUCAAACCUACCCGCUGACCGACGACUUCACACAUCAUACGGUGACCGACUUCUUCCCCAAGUCUGUAUCGACGGGCACCAACUCAACAGAAGACAUUUGCCGCUCCUUUCCGAAACAUGUUCUGUCACGAAUACAGCCAGUUCUCAAAACUGGUCAUGGAGAUAACAAAGAGAGAUUGGACGCGCAGAUGGAUAGCACUAGUGCCUGCUUUACGCCAGAUGAGCUGAUCAUCUUCUCAGACCUUGGCGAGGAUAUUCGAAAUCAUCGUGCUAUUGACAUUCUUGCCGAUCUACCAAGCUCUCAUUAUAAUGCCACCACCUUCAAGAUGUGGGGAGAGUAUUUAUCCCAGAAAGAAAUGCAAAGAAUUGGUAUUUUGGACACCGAGGCACAAACGGAGCAUAUAAAUGGAUGGGCUCUAGACAAGUUCAAAUUCUUACCAAUGAUGGAAAGAGCGUGGGCCAUGAGGCCUAAUAGAGACUUUUACGUUUUUUACGAAACAGAUACCUACAUAUUUUGGGAUAACCUAUUCCGUUUCCUUCAACUGUAUAAUCCAGAUGCAAACGUUUACAUGGGCUCACCAUCUCCCGGUCGCCGCGAUCCAAAACGUAGAGACCAGGGGACCUUAUUUGCCAAUGGAGGGCCUGGAUACAUCAUCAGUCGGGGCGCCAUGAAGACUCUGUUGCAGCGCACCACAAGUCCAUUUGGAGAGUAUACAGAUGAGCCGCUCUCGACAAAAUUCAGUUAUCUAAAUCAUGAUGAUGAGUGUUGUGGCGACAGCGUCCUGGGAUGGGCAAUGUGGGAGCAGGGCAUCCCUAUGCAUGGUCACUUCCCGAUGUUCGGCCCUUAUGCCCUUCACGAGAUUCCUUUCAAUGACCAGCAUUGGUGUCAGCCACUGAUAACGCUACAUAAGACAUCUCCGAAAGAUAUGGUGGACUUGUUCAGCUGGGAGUCUAGCCAACGGAAACCCGAUCUAAUUGGCAUAUAG